CAGCUGUGAUUUUACAAGUUUUACAAUGUUUGAAUGCGGGAAUAAUAGUAUAUUAAUAACUGUACAAAAAUAUUUUUGUCAACUAAAUCCUUUAGCAGAAAAAAUUAUAAGCGAUAUAAAUGACAUAAAAUCAAACUAUGGUCAAGUUUGGACUAAUUUAAAUCAAAAUGAGCAAAACGAUAUAAUCAAUGACACGUUAAUUAAUCCUGAAAUUUCUUUUUUGUAUGAUUCGUCAUCUAAAUCAUUGAAUUUAACAAAUACUCGAGAUGUAUCUGAAAUCGUUUUCCAACCUAAUCCAAUCGAGUCACAUACUACUGUAGUUUCAAAAGAUUUUGACAAAACUUCACCAAAUGACACAGAUGUGACGAAACCAAAUAACGCGAUAUUAGUCAAAAAUAAAGAAAGCAGUAUAACAGGAUAUGAUGGACAUAACCUUCGCACAUUUAGACUACAAAAAGUUGCGCUAAAAGCAAUACAUGAUGGCAAUUGUGAAGACGAACACUCAAGUCCAUUCAGUUAUCGCACAAAAUCACAAAUAAAUUUAACAAUAUUCUUUAGUGAUUAUACCAAAGCAAAAACGGAUAGUACAACGGUUUCUGAAACUAGAAAUGAUAGAACUUUAAUACCAGCAGUUCAGCAAAGUUUUCAAACAUUUAAUUCUGAAAUUGUAAAAAUGAAGAAUGGGAAAACAACUGAAAAUGAAGAGAAUAAGGUUGAUAAAAUUAAAGAAAAAGGUACAUACACUGUAUUUUCAGAGAAUAUUAGUACCGAAACUAAAAAAACCGAGUCAUGUUUUAAGUCGUUUAUAAAACCACCAUUCAAUUCAGAAACGAAUAAAGUUAUACAUAUGCCAUCGAUUGAUAAUGAAGAAAGCUUUAACUUAAUGGAUUAUUACAGGAAUGAUACUCUUAUGACUUCCUCGUCCUCUUCUGUAGCAACUUCAGAUGAUGAUGAAAAAACGAUAUGCGAAAACGUUAUGUUACUGGAUAAAGAUAAUAAUUUGAGAAAAGGGUUUGAUUUCUUAAAUAAUUGGUAAUAAUUUUU